AAUUACCCUUCAGGAAAUCUGCCUUUUACCAGUAAGGCUCCCUAUAAUACGUACAGCCUCCGUACUCUGUUACUGUCUUGGUGUAUCUCACAUUACCAUCAAUGGCUUACUUGUUCUCCUCUCCCGAGUCAUGCCCUUCAGUAAAGAACAUUCUUCUUUUAGACUCCGAAGGAAAGCGUGUGGCUGUCAAAUAUUAUUCAGAUGACUGGCCAACAAAUAGUGCAAAGUUAGCUUUCGAGAAAUAUAUCUUCUCCAAGACCAGUAAGACUAAUGCUCGUGGAGAAGCAGAGAUCUUGUUGUUAGAGAACAAUAUUAUUGUCUACAAGUUUGCACAAGACUUGCAUUUCUUUGUGACUGGAGGUGAUAAUGAAAAUGAACUCAUCUUAGCUUCUGUUCUUCAAGGACUUGUUGAGGCAGUUAGCCUACUUCUGAGGAACAAUGUUGACAAAAGGGAGGCACUUGAGAACUUGGAUCUCAUUUUCCUAUGCCUUGAUGAGAUGGUCGAUCAGGGGAUGAUACUGGAAACAGAUCCCAGUGUGAUUGUAGGGAAGGUGGCAGUCCACGAUGCAGAAACUGGUGGACAAUUAAUGUCAGAGCAGACAUUAACUCAAGCUUUGGCCACAGCAAGGGAUCACUUGGCAAGAAAUCUUUUUUAAAUAAACUUCCUCCAUUGAUGCUGCAGUUUCUUUUUUUUCCUUAACACUUUCUGUUUGCAAUUUUGAUAUCUCAUACCCCAUUUUUUUUAAUCAAAAAUUUUUAUGAGCUCG